UCUUUCAAUAAGUAUAAAAACGUGCGUGCCAGGCAGCUAGCGCGUAAAGUGCGGCGUAUUGAGACUGGGAAAGAAUCCCCACGUUGCAAUUUUAAUUUAAUCUAUUACUAUUGUUACUUAACGAUCCUAAACAGUUUGAUUCAAUAACUGUGUAAGAACAUCAGCCUGAGGAUCGGAGUGCAAUCCGCUCAGGUGCUGAUGAAAUCAACCAUAACUCUAGAAGAAGUAGUGAAUAAAUUAGAUCAUCUCCCUUCACCUUUAGCCACCAGAAUGCCAAACAUCAAAGUUUUCAGCGGGAGCUCGCAUCCUGAGUUAGCCCAGAAAAUCGUCGAUCGUCUGGGCAUAGAUCUCGGUAAAGUGGUAACCAAGAAAUUUAGCAACAUGGAAACGUGUGUUGAGAUCGGUGAAUCCGUCCGUGGCGAAGAUGUUUACAUCGUUCAGAGUGGUAGUGGUGAAAUUAAUGAUAAUCUGAUGGAGUUGCUUAUAAUGAUAAAUGCAUGUAAAAUUGCAUCCGCAUCUCGUGUGACCGCCGUGAUUCCUUGCUUUCCGUACGCUAGGCAGGAUAAGAAAGACAAAAGCAGGGCUCCAAUUACGGCGAAGCUCGUCGCCAACAUUUUAUCAGUGUCUGGGGCCGAUCAUAUAAUAACAAUGGACCUUCACGCGUCACAGAUUCAAGGUUUCUUUGAUAUCCCCGUCGAUAACCUAUUCGCCGAGCCGGCGGUGUUGAAAUGGAUCAAGGAAAACAUACCGGACUGGAAAACAAGUAUCGUAGUAUCCCCCGACGCCGGUGGUGCUAAAAGAGUGACGUCCAUCGCUGAUAGAUUGAAUGUAGAAUUCGCUCUCAUCCAUAAAGAACGGAAAAAAGCUAACGAAGUCGCCUCAAUGGUGUUAGUUGGUGAUGUGAAAGACCGCACAGCUAUUCUAGUUGAUGACAUGGCGGAUACUUGCGGGACAAUCUGUCAUGCUGCCGAGAAAUUAAUUGAAGCCGGGGCUACUAAAGUUUAUGCUAUACUAACUCACGGAAUCUUCUCUGGCCCAGCCAUUUCUCGGAUUAACAAUGCCUGUCUAGAGGCUGUAGUGGUAACAAAUACAAUUCCCCAAGAAAGGCAUAUGCAGGAUUGUCCUAAAAUCCAAUGCAUCGAUGUGUCCAUGAUGCUCGCCGAGGCUGUCCGACGUACACACAACGGCGAAUCAGUUUCAUACUUGUUUUCUAAUGUUCCAUAUUAGUUAUACUACUUUUUAUACUUAAUAUUAGGGUAUGGUCUCCGACAUCAUAAAGAUCCAAUUGACACAAUUAUCACUGAAGCUUUUUUGGUUGAUUUUGUAAGGCCGUUACAAUAUUGUAAUCCACGAAUAGAAUGUUGGACUUGACCGUUUUAGCUAUAGAUUUAAUCUCAUUAAGUUAAUAUAAGACUAGUGUUGUCAUAAAUUGAAUCGGCUUGUUUAUGCAUAAAUAUAUAUGAAUUUUUAUAACAAUAUUUUGAUACAAAAUUUCAUACAAAAGUAAUUUUCAUAUAGAUUAGACCUUUGCCAUAUUAAAAGUAUAAAGUCAUGCAUUUACAUAUUAGGUAAGCUUUAUUGGCUAUAUAUGAUCGGAAUAAAUGUGCUAGGAGAAUUCACAUUUUCCCCUUUCUUUUCUUUAGGGUCGUAGCUAUGAAAUUUGUUAUAUUACUUCAGAGAUCUAAAAAUAGAACAUUUAAGACAUUUGUUUUGUAAAAGACAGCAUGUUUUCUGUUUUAUUAUUCACUUUAACUACAUAGUUAUUAUAUAUUAAAUUUGAAGCGAAAAAACAUAUUUUUUUAUUAAAGAUUUUUUUCAUGUUUAUAAUAUAAACCUUUGGUUUGGCCUUCAUUUGUAUAAAACAUUAUGUUAGCUAAAUUCGACAUUAAUAAAUACCUUUAUUUUAGUUAAAUUUUAUACAUUGAAUGUAAUAUUAGAGCUAAAAAUAAAUUCAAGAUUUAUUUUGCUUGAUGUGUAAAUUUUGAAAUUGGAAGAAUUAAAUAAAAAAAAAACCCUUCGAUUCUAUACUAAUAUUCAUAAUUUUUUUAUUAUGUAUCUAUACAAACUCUUUUCUUUAUUUGUACAGUUUCAGAAUACACAUAUAAAUACUU